AUGAAGAAGCUCCAUGCCCUCGUCAGCUCAGGAAAGAUGCCUCCUCCUGUUCCGCACCUGGACAACCUUUCGCUCCUGUUCAAGAAGAAUCAGAACCAAUCGUUGCCUGCAGAGCCAGAGCAGGUCACGAAAGCGGACGAGGGGGGCGAGAAUAUGGUUGAGAAGGAGCAGAGCUACGAGUAUGAGAUGAACAGCUCUCAGAGAUACAAGGACCACCAUGUGCUCGAGAUCAUGAGCUUCGGCUCGGAGCUCACUCCCCCUGCCCACAAGCGCAAGGUAGCGCAGGAGUCUGAUACCCCCGAGGCCAUUCUAGCGCGAGCGCUGCAAGGCAAUCAGGCGGGUUGGAGUCGCUCGUUGAGGACAAACAGGAGGAAUGUGGGAGCCUUUCGAGUCAUAGGGAGAGACCCAGAGAGGGAGAAGGUCUUGCGACCCCAAGACCUUCAGCACUUGUCUCCUGUGAAGGAAACUGAGCGGAAUCGUGCAGCCCUGCAGCCUCAGCACGGUCAAGACCUUCUGAUCGACUCUCGUCCUUCCACCAGCUCCGGUGCUGUUGCUGAACUUCAGCCGAAUGGGAUGAGACCUCUGACGGCAAUAGCUGCCUUGAGAGCAGCAAGGUCGAAGAGUCGGCCGUACACAGCAAAUCCCUCCGUCACCGCAUACUCGGGCUCUCUGGUCCUCCGAAACGCUGAAGAAGGAAAUCAGUCUCUCUUCGUCCACUCCGACUUUCCCAUGAGGCUCACGAGCAGCGAGCCCGACGACGUUCGCAUGACCUUCAGGGAGCAACGCAGACCCACGACAGCUCCAAGCAUGGAGCGGUUUGGGUCGUUUAGGACGAGAAGUCCAAGGCAGACGAAGAGCGCUCACAGGCACGAACAAGGUUGA